UGACAACUGUAAGUUGUCUAUAGUGUGCUCGUAUCGACUGUAAGGUGUAAACAACUAUACACAUAAUAUUAACUAUAAAUUCGAGUUUCGACGGAAGUCGUACAACACCACGACUCCACGUUAUAAAUUACUGUUUAUUUGUAUUAUAAGUUUAACUAUUAUUCUUAUUAUGCUCUCAGUAGUGGUUACCAGUUAGUCUCUUUCACCAUUAAAACGUAUCGAAAGAUUUUUUUCCCGCAACAAUGGCAACGUGCCGUUCGACCAUCCGUUGUUGAUGGAACUUUUUCGUCGGGCCCCUACUAUAGUACACCUAUAGCUACUUUUUAUAAUUACAAAAACACUACGCGCAGCGGGUCCGGUGAUUAAUAUGGAGUCCAAGUUUUCGGGUUUUGCCAAAGAGACCACUGCUAGACCGGCGUGUAAAAAAUGCGGUUACUCUGGUCACUUGACGUUCCAAUGUCGGAAUUUCAUCAAAAUCGAUCCCAACAAGGAUAUUGUGUUGGACGUGAGCAGCACAAGCAGUGAACCAGAUGAGGAGUAUGUGACGCCGCUGGUACAGCUGCGUGAGACUGAGUUAGCUUUGAAAUUGAAAGAGGCUGCAUCCAAAAAAAAGAAAAAGAAGAAGAAGAAGUCAAAGAAACGCAAACACAAUACAUCUGACAGCGAGUCAACUGACGACGAUGCAACAGAGCGAAAAAAGAAACAUAAGAAACACAAGAAACAUAAAAAAGAAAAAAAAUCUAAAGAUUAAGUAGUAAAUAAGUAGAUAUUUUGUAGGUUUUGAAUAUUAACUAAGAUAUUUAAAAUUUCCAAAAUGUUAUUUUAUGCAUUAAAUAUGACCCUAAUUAUUCAAAAUAAAUGGGAAAAACGUAACUCUUUACUUAAUAUUUAAAAUAUUUGAAUAGUUUUCACCUUGUGCAUAUCAUUGAAAUAAUAAGAAGCGGGCAAUUAAAACACAGGACUGUAAAAAUCAAGAGACAAUUGACCUAAUAAGAAGUUUCCCUAAUUAUACAGUCCUCCAUUUUAAUUUCCCACUUUGUAUUCUUUCAAUAUAAUAUUUGGACUUCAACAGUUCUUUUCUGACUAAGAAAAUAUGACUUUAUUUUUAAAUAAUUAAUCAAAUGGUAUUACCUAUACAUGAAACAUAAUAUUAGUUUUUUAGUCUCUAACAAUGAAUAUAAUCAUAUUUUAAAUGUAAGAAAAAUAAAAUACAUUUUUAUCAACACUUAAUUUAUCAAACCUUAGUUAUC